CGUCUCUACCUUCGUAUGUUCUGAACAGGGGGAAGAGAAGACCAUGAUUUGGUCCUAGGUAGCAUAGUAAAAGGAGCUGAGUGCACCAAAGCUGGCUCAAAGCAACUGGUAAAAGGAUUUAAUCAGAAUAGUCAACUGCGCCACUGUUGAAAGACUUGUGAAGUUAUCAACAAGUUACUCUUUGCUAUGAUGUUAUCAAAAAGCAUAGAUCUGGAACUCGAAGUCCAAGAAGAUGAUGACUCAGACAUCAGCAGCCAGGUUGAUUCCAACAUAUCAGUUCAAAAUACCUUCCCAUCACGGGUCACCGACAGCCUCAAGAUACCGAAAACAUCCCAGACGACUUAUGAUCCUAUUUCCCUUGAGUUGAGUCUAUCCUUUAACUCGAACACCGAGAAGUUUGAACCAAGAAAUUCUAUGGGGAGUUCAAUAUCGACGACAAGUAAAAGCACAAAUGAAAUAGAAUCUCAAACAACCCCAGGAACCCUCCCUAGAGUUUUUCCUUGCAACUAUUGCCAGAGAAAAUUCUUCAGCUCCCAGGCUCUUGGAGGACACCAGAACGCACACAAAAGAGAGAGGAUGCUGGCAAAGCGAACAAUGAGGAUGGGUAUUUUCUCAGAGAGGUAUGCUGGCCAGCUUGCAACUUUUCCUUUGCAUGGAACUUCGUUAAGAUCUCUUGAAAUCAAAGCUCACUCGUCACAGCACCAAACAUUCGUGCCUCCAGUGAUGAGGAUGCCACCAGUAAUUAGCAGCAUGUCUCCAAGACAUGCAAUUGGAUUUAUGGGAUUGGCUAUACACGUGGAGGAUGAUGGACAUGAUCAGCUGCUGUGGCCCGGAAGCUUCCGUCAGGUGGCAGCAACAGGCGCUGGUGUUGAUUCACUGGCAGAAACAUCAGAAAUGAAUACCAUGGAAGGAUUCCGACAAGUUUAUGAUGGCCAUGCCACACCAGAUCUUACUUUGAGACUUUAAUUUUAGCUUUUCGUUUCUUUUCAUUAAAAUUUAUUACUUCUCUGAAAUUAUUGUUUGUACAGUUAAUUAUGACUAGGCCAUUGCUGCAAGUUGGCGUUCUUGCAUUGUUUAUUGUACGGUCCUAAACUUUGUGUUGAUAUAGAGGAGCUUUGCAAGGAUUGUUG